AUGGCUGCCUCACUCGUUGUACCGGGCCAGGUUCUGGCCAGUACAUCUUCACACAUGCCUGGUUCAGGCACCCACGUCUACGAGAACAACAUCCUCGCCUCCAUCCUGGGCACGUCAGUGGUUACGCCGGCACCGAAUAAGUCGGGCAAGCCGACCAUCUCGGUACCCCGUCAAGCGACCGCCGUCGCGUCCAUCAAUUCACUCCCCAAAGUCGGCUCGUCGGUUCUGUGCCGCGUGACCAGGGUUCGGCAAAGAGAACUCUCGGCGUCCAUCCUGGCCAUCAUCGACCCGUCUUCUCCGUCUCCAGCAAUCUCCGCCAGCGACAUCAUCUCUUACUCCCAACUCACCGACGACGACCUCCAAUUCCAGUGCAUUCUCCGGCGCGAAGACAUCCGGACGCACGAAAAGGACAAGAUCGUGAUCAACGACAUGUACCGCGUCGGCGACAUCAUCCGCGCCACUGUGAUCAGCUUGGGCGACGAGAGGAACUACUACAUCAGCACGGCGGGGAAUGAGUUUGGCGUCGUGGUGGCCACAAGUGAGGCGGGCAACGCCAUGGUACCCGCGAGUUGGAAGGAGAUGAAGGAUGCCGUGACGGGGAAGGGUGAAAGCCGAAAAGUCGCCAAACCUUCGUGA